GCGCUGCACAAAGACACGCGCAGAACAAGACGACUCGGCGCCCUCCGAACUGAGCGCGUCCGCGUCACCGGCAGGGUCCGCUAGGGUGCGCAGUCCUGGCGCGCGGACCCUCCCGUCGGCGACCGCGUGCCUCCAGAAUCUUCUGAGCGCGCGCGAUGCUGUGCGCGCCUGGGCGCAUUGACGGCGUCUGCGCCCGACCGGAUCCCCGCCAUGGGCUCGUUCGAGGAGCAACUGUGCGAAGUGAUCCGCCGCUACCCGCACCUCUAUAACCCGACACUGAAGGCGUACAGGGACAGCCAAAUGUGCAUAAAUUCGUGGCGUGAAAUCGCCCAGACCCUCGGCGAGGACGAACGCGUGUGCCGGCAGAAGUGGAAAUACCUGCGGGAUCGAUACGUGAAAGCCAAGAAGAAACUUCGGGGGAAGGCUUGCGUGGGCAGCUGGAAUCCGUGCCUCCCGCCGAUCGUGUCGAUGCUCAGCUUCCUUUCCGAGCACAUCAAACACCGCGACGAGGAGUCCAACUUCGCGAGGCAGGUCAAGGAGCCCAGCGAUUGUCUUGUGCUGAACGUGAAGGGCGGCCCGGCAGACGUCGACGAAGCCUCCCUCGCCACACCAAAGCCCGCUGACCGAGCGAGUCCACCGCCCACGUUGUCUGCGCCAUCUUCUUCCCCGUCUUCCUCCUCCUCUUGUUCGGAGCCUCCUCAUCCCUCAAAAAGGAAGGAGCCGCCCAGCGACGACCUGCAGGGGAGCCUACUGAGGAGGCUUCAGCAGCGGCUGCAGCAACUGGACGGCGAGAAGGAGCAAGAAAACGAGGAGGCCUCCUUCGGCAGGGUGGUGGCCUCCAUGUUGCUGCAGCUGCCCCCCAAGGACCGGAUGGACGCCAAAUUUGAAAUCCAUCAGCUGCUCUACAAGAAGCACAAGGAGCUCGGGGACCACCAGCCUGGGGGCACAGUGGGCAUCGAGAAGGACGACGGCCACAAGUUCACUGCAGGAUUCAUAAAAGAAGACCCCUGCUAAUGACGGCCACCUGCCAUGGCACUCUGCCACUCCCCUCCACCAGGGGUCUGCUCUCAGGUUUGGCCUUGUGUUGAGUGCUGCCAGGGAUCAAGAGAGUCGCUGUCCCCAUCCGCAUGCCACCUCCACUCCCCUGGUGCCAUCUGACUAACUGACAGGAAUGUAUCUUGUGCAGCCUGGGUUGGCCGCAUCAGGGUGGGCACGUGAGGAAGUUAAGCAGAGCCGCACCUGCCUUCAGGAUGUGCCCAGCACUCUGGGGUUGGCAUUCAACUGGCUGGCUGAAAAGGGAUGCCCAGCAUGCCCAGUGCAUUCUCAAUGAGUCUUCUUGCCCAGGAAUGACAGUAGUUGUAGUAGACCUGCUGCUCUACAGUGAGCCUUGAGGAUGUGACAA